AAUAAGAAAUCAUUCAAGGUGGUGUGUAAAUCUGACGAAGAUCAACCUUGUCCGUGGAAGGCUCGGGUGACGCACUGCACACGGGUUCAUGAACUGUGGGAAGUAACGAAAUGGACCGAGAGGAAUAGUUGUAUGCAAGAACUCGACAAAAAUGACCACAGAAAUGUAACCGCCACGAUGAUUUCAAAUCUUGUCAUGACCAAGAUUCAAAAGAAACCCGACUACAGUGUUACCCUGAUCCAGGAGGAUGUCAAAAAAUGUUGGAAAGUCGAUGUGAGCUAUAAGAAGGCGUGGCAAGGGAGGAAAAAAGCCAUCGACCGAUUGUAUGGCACUUGGGAAGAGAACUUCGCACAACUCCCCCA